GAUUUGAACUGCACGGGAUUUAGAUCUCCACAGGGAUUUUUUUUUAAAUUAUAUUYUUUACAUGUUUAUUAUUAUAAUUUACCCUUAAACUCCGAAACGUGUAAUUCUUCACCAUGGGAAUCUCAGAACUACUUGACAAACUUCGAGAUCGCGCAGAUACAUUUCUAAAUGAGAAAAACAUAGUGACAGAUUUCCUUGGGAAACUGGAGGAGAAAACGGGGAUCAAGAAAAAAUGUUUUGCCAUAGCCUCCAGAGGACUUAGACAAGGCAUGGGACAGGUGUAUUCAUGCCAGUGGGUGGCUUAUGUAAUGUUGGUUACUUUUUCCACUCUUUUAUGUAGAAUCAAAGCCCUCGAGGGUAAAAACAAAGAUGAUGACACAAAAUGGCUGACCUAUUGGGUGGUUUACGGAAUCUUCAGUGUGGGGGAAUUCUUCUCCGACAUCUUCCUUUUUUGGUUUCCUUUCUACUAUGCUUUCAAGUGCUUGUUCUUGUUGUGGUGCAUGGCCCCCGUUACAUGGAACGGCUCUCAGAUCCUGUACAACCGGGUGGUGCGACCUGUGCAGUGUCUAUGA